UAAUGCAGAAUUCAAAAAUACUUUUGGUAUGGUUCCAUCGGUUGUCACUAGUAAUCUUAGACUCAAGAUCAUCGUCUUUAUAAGUAGAAUUUACCUGUUUUAAAACUUUGCAAACUGAACUCAUGACGUCUUGAUCAACAUAAUCCUUGAUGAGAAUCUUAGCAACAUACAAGUUACAAGGGAAUUGCCAUAUUUCUGGUACACCAUCCAUUUUAACUGAAAAGUAUACAUUGUCAAGCAGAGGACCAGACAGAUACUCGCUUGUUAACAAUUUACAGUUUGAAUUUAAUGCUCGACAAAACUUUUGGAAAUAUGAAGAAUCAGCAACAGAAAAAGGUGUAAAUAUUUUCACCUUUCCUUCAACUUCUGAUUUUUCAAGCAACUCAGCAGUUUCUUCAGUCUGUUCAAAACUGCAUAUUCGUCUGUGUGCUGCCAAACGUUUUGAAGCUGUAUUGCAUAAUACUUUACUACAGAUGACACAAAAAGCUGCAUGGAUUGUGCGAUGUGUCUUAUCACAGUGUUUAAGCACUCUUCGAAAACCCAAGGUCCAGACUUCAUGUUUUGGUCUGCCAGGUGGACCUUUCUCAAUAAUUUUCUUCCUAACUAUUGUUGGUGUCAUUUUAUCCUGCAAAAAUAAAAUAAUUCCUAACGAAAAGACGAAAGCUGAUAAAGUUAUGGAGGCCGCAGCGGAAAAUAAAGCCUCGAAAAGGCCUCACGAAGAUGAAAGUCAGAUGGAGGUUGAUGCAGUGAAUGGCAUUGAGGGAAAGGUUAAAAAUAAGCCACAUUCAAAAAGAGUAAAGAAUGUUCAAGGAAAUGAAGUUCGAAAGAUCUCAGUACCAGCACACAGAUAUACACCUCUAAAAGAAAAUUGGAUGAAAAUUUUCACUCCAGUUGUCGAACACUUGCAGUUACAGAUUCGUUUCAACUUAAAAACAAGAAAUGUUGAAUUGAGAACCAGUCCAGAGACUCCCGACAUUGCAAACCUUCAAAAAGGAGCUGACUUUGUUAAAGCUUUUAUUUAUGGAUUUGAAGUUGAGGAUGCCUUAGCUCUAUUACGUUUAGAUGAUUUAUUUAUUGAAACCUUUGAGAUCAAUGACGUGAAAUCUCUCAAAGGUGAUCACAAAUCUAGAGCUAUCGGCAGGCUAGCAGGUAAAGGUGGAAGGACAAAAUUUACAAUAGAAAAUGUCACAAAAACCAGAAUCGUCUUAGCAGAUGCCAAAAUCCAUAUACUUGGAUCAUUUCAAAAUAUUCAAUUGGCCAGAAGGUCAAUUUGCAAUUUAAUUCUUGGAAGUCCACCAUCUAAAGUAUAUGGACAACUCAGAAGUGUUGCUAGUAGGAUUGCAGAAAGCUUUUAGAAUAAA